AUGUCCCUUUUUGGCACGGUUAACUGCCCGUUGCUUGUUCUUUUCGCUGAGGUGCCGACCAUUUUGGCUCUUUUGCAAUUUUUGUCGUGUUCCUUCCUUUUAAGUUCUGUGCUUUCCAUCCGGUUGCCAAUCGGCCGUCGUAUACUUCCUUCUCCUCUCUUUAAGUGGUCGGAGACGGUCAAAAUCCUGGUGCUCCGUUACAACAUCUAUGUGCCGGACCUGGUUUUCUUCGGCGAAUCGUACACGACCAGACCCGAAAGGUCCGAAUCGUUCCAGGCCCAGUGCGUGAAGCGGGUCAUGGAGGCGAAUUCGGUUUGGAAAAUGAGCCUUGUCGGGAUAAGUUACGGCGGAUUUGUGGCGUACAGUAUGCCGGCGCAAUUCAAGGAAUGCGUGGAAAGGGUGGUGAUUUGCUGCGCCGGGGUUUGUUUGGAGGAGAAGGACAUUAAAAAUGGGCUGUUUCCGGUGAAUGACGUGGAUGUAGCCGCCACCAUCCUGUCAGAGACGGCGGAGACGAUGAUGGAGUUGUUGUGGUAUGCUUUUGUAAAGCCGCCCAAAGCGUUGCCUUCUUGCUUGCUCAACGACUUUAUCGACGAAAUGAAGAUUAAUGGGAUAUCAGGGGAGUGAAAACCAGUGAGGCUUCCCAGAAAGAGUGCUAUUUGUGUAUGGGGGGAUCUAAUCAAUCAAGCCAAACGAGUCGGAAAGGUAGGAGAAGAGUGUGAGGAUUCGGCAUGGCUGCUGCCAAUGGUUCAAGGAUCAAUGAAAUCAAUGUCAGACAAAUGUAAGGUGCAGAUUUCAGAGACAUAAAGGAGAAAGCCAGCAGCUUGUGUAUGCAGAGGAAAUAGCAGAGAAGAGAAAUG